AUGACUGAAACCGACCAGCAAGAAACUGCUCAACAGGAAACUGCUAAGCAGGAAAUGCUGGAAGUGGAUAUCUCCAUGAACCAGGAACAGUUUGAUGCUGUCACUAAGCCAUUGGAUGCCAAUGUCCAAGUUCUGGCUGGUCCAGGAACUGUCAACAGAGUUUUGUAUCUUCUUUCCAAAGGAGUUCUUCCUAAUAGGAUCCUGGUACUGACAUAUACUAAUCGUGCAAUCUACGAGUUCCGGACCCGUGUGAAUGACAUCAUUGGACAAGACCUUGGAAGUCAACUGCGAAUUCACACUGUGCACUCAUACUGUCAGGAGAUGCUUCAGCGCCAUGGCCAGCUUAUAGAUCUACCCGAAGUCCAAAUCAUUGCAAAUAAGAUUGACAAGGAAUACAUUGAAGGAAUCGUCAUUCGCAAAAUCCAAAAAACCCACGUCGAUAAAGAUUAUAAGGUCGCCAAAAGAGUGUUUCACGCAGCUUUAGAUAGCAAACUUAAUAAACGAUCUGCAAACUUUGUACCAGAAUCGCUGAAAAAAGAGGUUCUUGAGAUUUACAAUGUAGAGCUUAGAAAGGCCUUUCUUUUUGAUUACGAUGAUCUCAUCAUUUUGACCGAAAAACUUCUCAAAAACUUCCCUGAGGUUGCCAAUGACCUUGAUUCAGUUCUUGUUGAUGAGUUCCAGGACAUUUCACAACCUCUCUGGAACGUCAUUAAACGGUUGGCUAAACACUCUUCUUUAUAUGCUGCAGGCGACCCAGACCAAAACAUCUUUGGAUUUUUGGGCGCACACUCUAUUAUUUUUAAAGAAAUGCGUCAGGAUUUUAAAGUCGAUCAAGUCAUUUUGACCCGCAGUUACCGCUCUUCACAGCCCAUUCUGGACGCAGCUUAUGAGCUCAUUUCUCACGACAACCAGCGCGAGCACUCAAAAAGUCUAAUAGCUGAUGAAUCAUACCUAGCUGAAAACAUGAUUGAAAGCAUCCCGCCACGCUUGAUUGUACUUAAAACUGCAACAGAGGAAAUGAGUUGGGUCUCGUGUACCGUCCGCUUUUUAAUGGAACAGGGAGUACCGGCACAUGAUAUCGUGGUGCUUGCGCGAACAGGUCGCAUAGCUUCUGAGAUUGCAGACCCGAUCCAAAGCGGAUCCGGGACCAGAACAAUCGUAAUUGGCGGGACGUCGUUGCUGGAAACCGACGAGGCCAGUGUGUGCAAUACCAUUUUGCGAUUCUUACAGUACCCUGAUAGAAACCUUUUUGUGCUAAACCUGAUUCGCAGAUACCAUUUGUUUAUUGCACCCAAGGAUUUGGAAACCGCAAUCAAUAGAGCGACAGAGCUAGAAAUCUCGCUUAUAGAAGCAUUGAGAGAUCCUGGUCCAUGGAUCACAAAUGCAAAGCGCGAGAAGCUUAACUCCUUUUUGGAAAUGAUUGACCGGUCACAUCAAAUUAUGCGCGAGGACCCCAAAAGUCUUGAAAAAGUUAUUGAGGCUUUGCGGUACUGUCUGGGGAAACUCCAACUGGUGGAAAAGGUGCGCCUCAAGUAUGCACGGACGUACCGCUCGCGGUUGCGCAAUAUUGACAAGUUUAUUGAAUAUCUUUACAGCGUCAAGGAUUACGUCGCUUGGGAAAUGGAGAGUCACACAGAGCGCACAUUCCUAGAGCAGUUGCUGGCCAGCUCUGUGUUUUACCACAUUACUCCCACCGUCGACGAGCUUGUAAUCUCAACAGUUCAUGCCGCAAAGGGUCGGGAAUGGCGUGUGGUUUUUGUUGUCAAUGCCGACGACAAGGUGUACCCGCACAUUCGCACUCACGGGUCGCCCAAAGAGCUAAAUGAAGAGCGGCGUGUGCUCUAUGUUGCCAUGACUAGAGCAAAAGAGCGUCUGCUAGUCAGCUAUCACAAGGAAAAUGCAUACGAUAAUUUCACCCAAAACGUUCCGUCGCGAUUUUUUACACCAUCUGUUCUCAAGAAGCUGGAGGCAAGUGAGGGAUCUGUCAAUGCAACUGGUGUUUAUUCCAAUUAUGCUUUGGCGGAACAAAAAUACCCAUUGCUGUUUAAACAGCCCAAGUAUUAUCGCACAACUCUCAAUAAGCGUUUCCAUACGCUUGCCCGCCCUGCAAUCCUGAAAUGCAGUCCCACUACAGCGCUCUGCAACACUGCUCGCACUUUUUCGCAUCUCCCGCGUCUCAUUUCGCGUUUCUUGUAA